GUGAGAAAAAGCGUUGGUGAAACGUCGAGCUUUGUAAAAUUUGUAGGAAACCAAGUCUAUAUUGGUUUUUAUAAAUUCGAGUUACUUUUGAACAGUUAAGAAUAAAAUGGGAGACAGAUACAACAUCCACAGUCAGUUAGAGCACCUGCAGUCUAAGUACAUUGGUACUGGUCAUGCUGACACAAACAAGUGGGAGUGGCUGACCAAUCAACACAGAGACAGUGCGGCUUCGUACAUGGGACAUGCUGACAUGCUAAACUAUUUUGCUUUAGCGGAAAACGAGUCUAAAGCCAGAGUCCGAUUUAACUUGAUGGAGCGUAUGUUACAGCCAUGUGGACCCCCACCAGAGAGGCCAGAGGAUUGAGGCUUCUAGGGGGGAGAACUCUGUGAAAAGGGAGAUGGCAUGUUAUUUGAAAUGCACAAUACACAAUAAUUAAUUUUCAAGGAUCAUUCAUUUGUUUUAUAUGUACUUUUAAGAUCAUCCUUUGAUUUUCAUUCCAAUAUUAUUCUCAUUUAUGUAAUGUUUAUAGAAAGAAGAGAUUUAGAGUUAUGAGUGUAUUAUAACUGGUCAGAUUAUUUUAGGUUGAAGAUUUUUUUGUCACUACUGCUGUGUAGCCUAAUUAUGUAUCAGCAUGUGAAAAGUAAAGCUAAUUUUGUUUUAAACAGCUGUGUGGGGAUUUUCCUGAAAUUAAUAUUGUUAUGUGGAAACUUUUAGAUGUAUUUAUUAAAGGUACACAAAUACAA